AUGGGAAGCACAGUAAUCCUUGUCGUGUCAGCUUUUCUCCUGGUUGUCCUGCGGCAGGCUCCGGCGCCGCUGGUAGCCGGCGGCUCCACCCGACCUGAUGGGUUCAGGGGUUCUCUACUUCUGAAGGAGCUGGCACUUCCAAACGACGGCGGCCACCCUCUCCUCCGGCGGCGGCUGUCCGAGCCCACCGGCGUCCAUAUCAAGGGUAGUACUGGUCUUUACUACGUGAUGGAGCUCGCCGUCGGCACCCCGCCGGUCACCGUCCAGGCCAUGGUCGGCAGCAGCGACCUCUGCUGGGUGGAGUGCAGCCCAUGCAGCGGCUGCGGCAGCGGCAGCACGCCGCGGGCGGCGGGGGCGCGGCUAUACGACCGCGCGAAUUCGAGCAGCUUCUCCCCAGUGGCUUGCACGAGCAGGUCCUGCAAGAUUUUGCAGAAGGAGACCCGCACCAAUUGCACUGGCGACGCUGCGUGCGGAUACCGCUACGUGUAUGGGGCAACCGACACGGACAACAACUACGUCCAAGGGAUUCUUGGCACCGAGACCUUCACGUUCGGCAGCAGCAAGGAAGUUACCAUGCAGAACUUCGUUUUCGGCUGCACCAACACGAUCUACCGCAACGACUUGUUUAACGGGCACGUAACCCUAUCUUCUGCAUACAUAUCUCAAGUUUGUGCUAUUGGGCUUGGGAGAACCAAUCUGUCGCUGGUGGGCCAGCUCGGCUUGGAGCGAUUCUCCAACUGCCUCUCGUCGAAUCCCAAAGUUGCCAGCCCCAUCCUGUUCGGCUCCAGGGCUCAGAUGACCGGAGGUGGAAUCUCAUCCACCCCUCUCCUCUACCACUACAUGGAUUACAGCGUCAACCUGGUCGGCAUCUCCGUCGACGGAGCCCGCCUCCCCAUCCCCAACGACACGUUCGCGCUCGACCCCAAGACCGGCGCCGGCGGCUUCUCCUUCGAGACCGGCGCGGCGGCCACCCUGCUGGUCGACCCGGCCUACACCGCCGUCGUGGAGGCGUUCAGGGAGAGGAUUUCCAAGACGCACAGGGUCGUCAACGGGAGCAGCCUGCUGUGCUUCCUCGUCGACGGCGGCGCGAGCGGCGAUGUCGCCGUGCCGUCGAUGACGAUGCACUUCGACGGCAUGGACAUGGAGCUGCGGCAGAAGAACUACUUCGCCUCCGGCAAGCUGGAGAGCGGCGACGGCGCGAUGUGCCUGAUGAUCGGCAGGUCGAAGACCACCUCGAUCAUUGGCAGCGUCAUGCAGAUGGACUUCCACGUGCUGUACGAUCUCAAGAACUCCGUCCUGUCCGUGCAGCGCGCUGACUGCAGCAAAAUCUGAGACUGAUGCAUGGAUGGAGACAUGAUGGAGCGACUUGAUCUCUUUGCGUAUAUAUACAUACUUACU